AUGCUACUGUUUAAAGUAGCAAAUCCAAAGAUGCCGCCUGUUGAAGAACAGCAAAGCGAUAAACCCAUCCAACCGAAAAUCGGUAUAAUAUACCCUCCACCUGAGGUGAGAAAUAUUGUCGACAAAACAGCCAGUUUUGUGGCCCGUAAUGGUCCAGACUUCGAAUCUCGUAUUCGUCAGAAUGAAAUAAGUAACCCCAAGUUCAAUUUCCUGAACCCCGCUGAUCCAUAUCAUGCGUACUACCAACAUAAGGUUCGGGAGUUCGCUGAAGGAAGGACACCGGAACCUGCUGCUAUCAGACUCACUCUUCCUAGUGCUGCUCGUCUUGCUCAAGAUACUCCCAAAUCUAUUCAAGAAACAUUCACACCGAAGGAUCCGCCAGUCGAGUUUGAGUUUGUUUAUGACCCACCAUCUAUUAAUGGGAUUGAUAUUGAUAUAAUAAAACUCACAGCUCAGUUUGUUGCAAGGAAUGGUCGACAAUUUCUAACUCAACUGAUGAAUCGCGAACAAAGGAAUUAUCAGUUUGAUUUCCUUCGUGCUCAGCACAGCAUGUUUGGUUAUUUUACAAAGCUUGUAGAACAGUAUACAAAAAUUUUAAUACCGCCGAAAGAUAUUGUUUCGAAACUGGAUGAAGAGUUGGAGAAACCGAAACGACUCCUUGAGGAUGUAAAAUAUAGAGUUGAGUGGCAUAAAUAUCAAGAACGUCAGCGUAAACGAGAGGAGGAAGCCGCAGAACGGGAACGCGUGGCAUAUGCUAUGAUUGACUGGCAUGAUUUUGUAGUUGUCGAAACAGUUGACUUUCAACCAAACGAAACAGCAGAAGAACGUGGCCUUCAGCCACCAUCUAAGCCUUCAGCGCCUCCGCCACCUGGUUCGCUUGGAUUAAUGCCUACUGAUCUAGACGAAGAUGAUACAAGUGAUCAGGAAUUAGAUGAAUCAGAGGAUGAAAAUGAGGCUCAACGAAUCCCUCCGCCUAAGGACCAGGGUGCAAGUGAUACUAGUCCUCCACCUUAUCACAUAGAGACAGAAAAUCAGUUGACUGAUAAUACUCAAACUCCACCUGCUACUAACGCACCUGAUUUUUCUGGAGAAGAUGAUAUGGAGUUAUCUGAUGAUGAGAACGUCGUUGAAGAACAAUCCUCCCAAAAUUAUAACCAACCGAUCAAGUUACCAGCAAAACAAGUACCAUUGUCUUCAGAUCAAGUCAUUAUUCGUCAUGACUAUGAUCCAAAAGCUGCAAGCAUUAAAAGAGCUGAAGAUUCUGUGCUACUAGUAUCACCUUUCACUGGAGAAAAGAUCCCCGCAAAUCAGGCUCCGAAACAUAUUAGAGUUGGAUUACUUGAUCCUAAGUGGGUAGAGCAACGUGAUCGAGAAAUUCGAGAGAAACGUGAACAAGAACAGGUUUAUGCUGCUGGAAAUCUUAUCGAUAGCAGCUUGAAACAGUUGGCUGAGCGCCGUACAGAUAUUUUUGGUGUAGGUGUUGAUGAAAUUCAGAUUGGAAAGAAAUUAGGAGAACAAGAGGCAGUUAAAUCUGACAAACUUAUUUGGGAUGGUUACUCUGCGACUACAGACAUCGUUGCCAAAAGAAAUUUGGAAGCAAUCACUACAAAAGACAAGAUAGAGCUACUGGAAUUUCAGCAAAAGUUGGAAGCUGCUCGAGAUAAAAUCGGUCCACAGGGUGGUGUAUCCUCUGCUCCAGGCAUCAUCCCUCCAGCAUUGCCUAAACCGGCAAUAUUGCUUCCACCGCCACCAUUGCCAGCUGGGAUUGGUGGUACUGUUGCGCAACCACCACCUCCUCCACCUCCUCCCGGCCUUGUGAUGCUUUCCAGUGCCCCACCACCGUUACCCCCAGGUUUGUUUCCACCUGGGAUGCCACCUCCUCCACCUGGUAUCGCUGUUCCAGGUUUCAUGCCUCCAUGUCCGCCUGUCCCACCUCCUCCACUUCCUCCACCAACACCCGCUGGUGAUGGAGAACCGGAAGCUAAAAGACCAAGAGAAUAA